AAGGUCAUGCUGAGGGCAGCAAAGUGCCAGAGAGAACCUGGCUGGGUGUACCCCAUGUUGUGCAGGCCCUGCUGUGCUGAGGGCUUGGGUUGUCUCCAGCAACAGAGCAGUUUUGGGGCACUCUGACCCUUCCCACAUGUCCUGUGAACUUCCCCCCACAGGCAGCAGCAGAUCCUAUUAUCUUCUAUCGUACUGGAGGUGAUGGUGGUGGCUUGGGGCAUCCUGAGUGAGAUUCUUGCGGAUGCUCCCUGGCUGUGCUAUGUUGUGCUUGCCUGUUGCUGUUCCCCUCCUCAGGCCAAGUACCUCCAUCCACUCAUUUUCCCUUGGCCAGUCUCUUGCUGCUGCUCCUUCUCCCAGUGAGGAAUCUCAUUUCCAUUCCCAGUUCCUUGCUGAUAGAUAGACAUGUCUCAGCCCAGCCUGUGAAGGUGGGUUUGAGCUGGGGCAGCAAAAGGUGUAUGUGUGGGGGGAAUGUACUCAGGUCUCUGAGAAACUCCCAAGUGUGCCCCACAGACUCAGCUGUGCCCCUGUCACCUCUCCUCCCACUUGAAGCCUGUGGGGGACAACCUUGGGACCAGCUUCAAGGUUACUUCUCAUAUUUCUUUGUCAGCAGUGAGAGAAAAUGAAAGUCCAGUACCUCUCACUGGGCAAGUGGACAGCAGGCGGUUUGCUCUGGGGGCAUUCCUAGUGGAUGCUCUGUAGUUUGGCCCUGCCAUAAGGGGCUGUCUCCCAGCGUCAUCAGACAACGAGUAGGGUACCAAGAGGCCUGUCUGCCACCCACUCCGGGAACAUUUUGGAUCGUGGCUUCAGGAUUGUCCUCACCACACCUGAGCUCACCUGCAUCCAGCACAGUUGGAGAUAGUGGUGCACCAAGGGUGCGAGCCCCCGCCCGCCGGGUGACCCCCGGACUCCGCCGGGCGACCCGUUAGCUCUCCGAGGAUGAAGACGCUGGCCCGGCUGUUCCUCUUGAUGGUGUGCGUGGCGGUGGGGGCUGUGUUGUACGUCCUGCUGUGUUUCCACACCUGCCUGUGGCCCUGCUGCCAGGUCCCGGGGCAGUGGGACAGCCCCACGGCAUCCAGUAUCCUCAGCUUUCAGGGGUACAGCCGUGUUCCUGAUGGGAAGCCGCUGCAGCGAGCGCUGUGCCGCCACUGUGCCAUUGUGUCAAGCUCAGGGCAGAUGCUGGGCUCGCACCUGGGACAGGCCAUUGACGAGCAGGAGUGUGUCCUGCGCAUGAACCAUGCCCCCACUGCCGGCUACGAGGAGGAUGUGGGGGCCCGGAGCACCAUCCGGGUGGUGUCACACACCAGCGUCCCGCUGCUGCUGAAGAACCAGCCCUACUUCUUCCAGCAAUCCCAAGAAAUCCUCUACAUCAUCUGGGGGCCAGCGAAGAAAAUGAACCGGGAGAAGGCAGGGUCAACCUACCAAGUGCUGCUGAAGGUGGUGGGGAUGUACCCCCACCUGCAGAUCUACACGCUGACCGAGGAGAAGAUGAUGUAUUGUGACGACAUCUUCCAAAACGAGACAGGGAAGAACAGGAUAAAGUCUGGCUCCUUCCUGAGCACAGGCUGGUUCACCAUGAUCUUGGCCAUGGAGCUGUGUGAGCAGAUCUCUGUGUUUGGCAUGGUCAGUGACAGCUACUGCAGGGAGAAGAACCACACGAGCGUGCCCUACCACUAUUUUGAGAAGGGCCGACUGGAUGAGUGCAAGAUGUACCUGAUGCACGAGCGAGCCCGCCGUGCUGGGCACCGCUUCAUCACUGAGAAAGCCAUCUUCUCCCGCUGGGCCAAGAGGAAGCACAUCGUCUUUUCCCACCCAUCCUGGGCAGGGGGGUAGGGUGUGAGCCAUGGGGUGAGGCAGGGGAACCCCAGUGGCAGGGUGGCUCUCAUCCCACAGUGACUUGUCUUGGCUCUGCCAGUGCCACGGUGGAAAGCUUUUUGACAAGCCCUGGCGCAGGGAGUCUCCAUCUCCACAAUGGCACAGGGCUGGUUUCCCCAGCUUGUGAGUGGGCUUGCACCUCCCCUGUCAGUGCA